UCCCGGGCGGGGUCAAGGGUCAGAAGGCGGAGGCGUGCCCAAGAUGGCGGCCUCCAUGUGCGACGUGUUCUCCUUCUGCGUGGGCGUGGCGGGCGGUGCCCGCGGCUCCGUGGAAGUCCGUUUCGUGAGCAGCGCCAAGGGAAAGGGACUGUUUGCCACACAGCUGAUCCGGAAGGGAGAGACCAUCUUCAUUGAAAGACCCCUGGUGGCUUCACAGUUUCUCUGGAAUGCACUUUAUCGGUACCGAGCCUGUGACCACUGUCUUCGGGCACUGGAGAAGGCAGAGGAGAACGCACAGCGGCUGACUGGGAAACCAGGCCAGGUUCUCCCACACCCAGAGUUGUGCGGUGUGCGCAAGGACCUCCACCAGAGCUGCCCGCAUUGCCAGGUGACGUACUGCAGUGCAGAGUGUCGGCUGGCAGCUGCGGAGCAAUACCACCGAAUCCUGUGCCCAGGCCCGUCCCAGGAUGACCCCCGCCACCCCCUCAAUAAGCUGCAGGAGGCAUGGAGGAGUGUUCACUAUCCUCCGGAGACUGCAAGUAUAAUGCUGAUGGCUCGGAUGGUGGCCACCGUGAAACAGGCCAAGGACAAGGACCACUGGGUCAGGCUUUUUUCCCAGUUCUGCAGCAAAACGGCCAAUGAGGAGGAAGAAAUUGUCCACAAACUCCUAGGGGACAAAUUCAAGGGCCAGCUGGAACUUCUGCGUAGACUCUUCACAGAGGCCCUGUAUGAGGAGACUCUCAGCCAGUGGUUCACACCAGAUGGAUUCCGGUCUCUCUUUGCUCUUGUUGGGACCAAUGGUCAAGGGAUUGGAACCAGCUCCCUCAGCCAGUGGGUACAUGCCUGUGACUCUCUGGAGCUGAAGCCGCAGGACCGGGAACAGCUGGACACCUUCAUUGACCAGUUGUACAAGGACAUUGAGGCAGCGACUGGCGAGUUCCUUAACUGUGAAGGAUCCGGUCUCUUUGUGCUUCAAAGCUGCUGCAACCACAGUUGUGUCCCCAAUGCAGAGACUUCCUUCCCAGAAAACAACUUCCUCUUGCAUGUUACCGCCUUGGAAGAUAUUAAGCCAGGCGAGGAAAUCUGUAUCAGCUACUUAGACUGCUGUCAGCGGGAGCGUAGCCGCCACAGCCGCCACAAGAUCCUCAGGGAGAACUACUUGUUCAUCUGUUCCUGUCCCAAAUGCCUGGCAGAGGCUGAUGACCCCAGUGUGACCUCAGAAGAGGAGGAGGAGGAGGAAGGAGAGCCCGAAGAUGCAGAGCUAGGGGAUGAGAUGACUGACGUGUGAUGUUACCCUGCCUGGAAGGGGCCCUGCCCAGACCCUGCUGGAAAAGGGGAUCUGUCCUCCACAGAUGUUGGAGGGAACAUCCCCUCCCCCUCGCACCCAUUGCCUGCCUUCUCCCUUCUGGCAUCCUGUCAGAGCUGAGGAGAGGCUGGACCCGAGCACCACCCCCACCAGACCUCAGGCCCUGAGCACUGCUGCUGAGCUGCUUGGGUCCUGUGCUAUCAGCAAGCCUUGUAGACCUGACCUUCCCCUGCCAUGCUGCACUGCAGCCGUGAGACUGGAACAGCUCCAGGCCUCGUAGUGUCUUCCUCUGGGCCCCGUGGCCCAUGCUCACCCAUCCACCUAAGGCUUGGCCCCUCGUGACCGGCUGUUACUUUGAGGGGGACAACAAAAUGGCCAAUCUGAAAGCAGACUGGUUUCCUUGACAGAAAGAGGUGAUGCCAUGCCUUACCUCUUCCUCUCGGCUCAUCUGCCACAGCUGCAGCUGAAGUAAUGGCCUGCCACUUGCCAGCAAGAGGCAAGAACAACGGUCUAGGCCUUCAGAACACUUCAAAAGACUGUGCCAGGCAUGUUGGGUUGUUCCCAUCGGACACUGGGGAGGUAGAGAUUAACUGCUCUCCAGGGUCCAGAUCACUGUGCCUUGCCUCUUAGGCUCAGGCAAGGUGGCUAGCCCUAUACGGUCUUGAAGAGGCCCAUCUUCAUCAGGACUGUAGCGGUAUCACAGAUGAAAGAUUGCACUCUUAAUUGAGGAUGCUCCACUCUUCCCUGGGACCAGCUGAAAUGGUCCAGCAAAGGAUCUGAUCUCAGACAUCCACCUUCAGGAUAUCCAUAGAGGAACCCUGAAGGAACUGGACAUAUGCUUGGACAUGAGCCAUGACUUUGUUCCCUCCUGGCCACAGGGAUGGGCAUCUUGGAGAUGACAGCCACUGCUCCCCAUCUUUCCCUGAGAGGCCUGCACAUGGCCCUGCUGGGGCCUCCCAGGGAGGACCAGUGCCUAUGCUACAGGCUCUUUCCAAGGUGGAGCCAGGUGGAACGUGCCUGACUGGCCGCCUCAUCUGUAGGGCAUACUCUUCACAACAGCCAACACCUCUCUCUCCCUCUGGUCUC